AUGUCCACUGCUAUCCUUCCCGAACAGCAACAACAGGCUGCACAACAACAACAGCAGCAGCAAAGUAGUGGAUACAAGUCAUUCUUGAAACCUACCAAAUUCUGGAAGGGCAGUGCCAAUAACAAGGUGGCAAGCAGCCCCGAGGAACAACAACAACAACCAGCAGCAGCAGGCAAACCAUUCGCUUUGACCAUGCCCACAUUUAAAAAGCCUGGACUUUUACAACCCAAAGAGCAGCCUGCCAAUGCAUUACGUGAGACACCCAAGGCCGAAAUCUACAAGCUAUCCACUAUUAAUGAUUCUGGAGUGUAUUUGCCACCAUCACCUACACAAGAAGGCAAACGAGACCAUUGGUUGGAUUUGGAUGAACAAGUUUUGGCUUUUCGAUUACCUGCUCCAGAAUGCCUGACCACGUAUGGCACUCCACAACAACACAAGGGUGAAUCGCUUUUCCAUACACCUUCGGUUAUUAUCAACCAGCAACAACAUCACCACCACCAAUCUUCAGUUUCCACAUCUACCACUGAAGAUGAUAUUCCCUCGCUCAUGACCGAUUCCUCUUCCACUUCACCACUCUGA